GCGCCGCUUCAAUGUGCAGGGACGCAGCCAAUCUCUUCCUUAUGACGCCAGCGAGGCUGGGCUCAGAUGUCUAAGGUUUAACAGACCCACCCUGGAUGAACACUUGGAGGAGAGAGAAAAGGCGGCGCUGGGAGGACAAAAUCACGACCUGGAUCGCAACACCUGCCAGGGCGACGCUCACUUCAGCGACGCUCGCAGUUAAAAAAAAAAAAAGAAGUGGGGCAGCAUCCGAGCAUCUCACCGAUAACCUGCUCUUUAAUGGAUUGUUUUCUUUAUUCUUGAUCUUAUAUAUUAAUUUUAGAUAUAAUUGGAAAGCUUUAUUCCAGCGGACUGUGUGAAAUCUACCUCUGUUGAGACUUUCUAUUUGAUCAGAGAGCAGUUAUGCUGCUUUGAUGUCUCACUCCGCGCUGGGAAGCAGGUUAAAGGAAGAGCAUCGAUGCGUUUAACGGGACCCCCUUUGUUACAUCCUCAUGCAUGAAGACUCUUAGACUUCAACUUCACCUCUCAGGACAUGAAGGAUCAUUAUAAAUUAAACGAGACUCUUAAAUAUGAUGGGAUUUUUAAGUGGGAUUGGAAUAGAAGAUCAACAUAGUUUUAUUGCUGCGUUCUCAGAGAAAAUUACUAAAUCCUAAAAUAUCCCUUCAAGAAAACAAGUAUAUAGCCUAUAGAACAAUGAUAUUGUUUCGUAGAUUCAGAGUGUUGAUCCUUAUGGUGUUUUUAGUUGCGUGCACUCUGCACAUCAUGAUAGACUUGCUGCCAAAGCUGGAGAAGAGAGCUGUCGGAGCGCACGGAGAGGAGGGCGGCUGCCAGUGCGCGCAGCACCCGGGCAGGGAGGCGCAGGGCUGGGGAAAGCAGCGAGCCAGGACGGCCGCCGACGCGGGUUGGCCUAACAAGCACACGCUGAGGAUCUUGCAGGAUUUCAGCAGCGAGCCCGGCUCCAACCUCACGUCCCACUCGCUGGAGAAGAGCGCAGCCGGUGCGGACAGAGCCGGAGAGUCCGGCGGAGCGUCAGCGAAGCAGCACAAGCCUCUGAUGAGGGAAGGGACCGGGGGUCGCACCGCCUCUGUAAAUCAGGCAGCCUCCCGGUUAUCGGCUUUGUUUGAGCAUCCCUUAUACAAGGUUGACCUUCCUCCCCUCACGGAUGAUGAUACUUUGUUUAACGUCAACAAUGACAUCAGGUUUUAUCCAAGAGCCACAGGGAACCAGGGAUGGCAUAAUGAGGAGGGGGAUGAGGAUGAGCUUUCUCCAACUGCCGAGGUGACAGCAGAGUCUUACCCCAACUGGUUGCGUUUCCACAUUGGGAUUAACCGAUAUGAGCUCUACCCCAGGCACAGUCUGGUGCUGGACGCCUUGCUGAAGGACCUGGUCAGUCAGAGGAUCACCAGCGUGGCCAUGAAAUCCGGAGGCACCCAGCUGAAGUUGAUCAUGACUUUCCAGAACUAUGGACAAGCGCUGUUCAAGCCCAUGAAGUAAGUAGCGCAGCAAUGAGUUAUGUGAUUUGAUAGAAGCCUUACAGUUGCCUGCAUU